UCAUAGAAUUUUUGCAUGAUUGGUGACAGACAAACAAAGAAAUAUUUUAUCAGCUGAUUUGUGAAAUGAUUUUGACAAUGACCUAGUGAUUGUAAAUCAGAACUAACUUUAUAUGUUUUAGGAAUAAGACUUCAUGUUGAUGAUUCAUUUUUAUCAAUAAUCUAUUUUUAAUUUUAUUUCAUGAUGAACAGGAUGUUGACAUUUUAAAUGUUUUGUUUUCUAGACAGUCAAAAUAUGGAUCAUGUGUAGUGGUGUGUGUCAUGUGUAGAUAGUUAUUAUAAAAGAAGUGUGACAAAGAAUAUGAAUGUGAACUAGCACAAUGCCAUCAAAUCACAGAUACUCCAGUGUUCCGUUAGAUGACCAGUUUGACGAGGAGUUUAUUGAUCAAGAAAGACAACUCCAACAGAAUGAUGAACAAGAAAAUCAUGAAAUCCAAACCGAAUGUGAUAACACAGUACAAAAUUGUUGUAAAAUACCAAACCUAAAAACAUGCCGUUGCAACUACUGCUCAAAAUGUUCCAAAACCUCAAAAAUAGUUAUUGCCAUAGUGAUUCUUGUAGUAUUUAAUGGAUUUUGUAUAGGUCUUGGCUGUUUAAGUGUCUUUGUAUUAAAACCGGGUCCAGUUUUAGAUAAAUCUUACCAUGCAUUUUCAAUUCCAAAUCAUGUAGCCUCAAUGAAUUAUGAUUCUUUUAAACUGGCUGCCAAAAACAGUGUGAUGGAUUCCAGUUUCUAUAGUUCUAUGGAACGUGCUAUUUUAAACUUGAAACGACCAAAACGUGAGGCUACGCCAAUCUUAAAAAGAGAAAAACAUGACAUUAAUAUUUACAAUUAUAACCUACAAUGGAAAAUACAGUGGAAAAUGCAGGUUGUUUUCUUAGCUGAAGGGGAUGAUGAAAAAAAUAUAUUUACAAAAGAAAGAUUGGAAUUUAUUCAUGGAAUAGAACAAAGGAUUAUGAAUCAUACUAAAUUUAAAGAGUUUUGUUUUAAAAAUCAUCUUAUUACUGACCCUGCAAUUAAAGGAAUACAUGACUGUGCACCAUUAAAUUCUCUAAUGCAGUAUUUUUAUCCCACUAUUGAUGGAAGUAACAACACACAUUUUGAUGGUUUAGGAUCAGAGUUAGCAGACAUAGAAAGUACAAUCAAAUUUGCCAUGUCCACAUCAGACCAUUUCUAUUAUUUUGUUGACCAGAACAUCAACAAAACUCAUCGUAAGAGUAGGCUUUUGAGGACUGAAGUUUUAUUUGGAUCACCAAUAAAAGGAUACAACUCACCAUAUGAAAGGAAGGAUGAACAAUCAGACAAGUUCAAAGAUUUUGUUUUGUCUUACGUGGAAAUGUUAUCUAAGGCUUCUAAUGAAAAAGUGACGAUUUUAUACGGAGGAAAUGAGAUAUUCGACUAUGAAGUUAACAGUGUAUUUUGGAGUGAUGUCAAGCUGGCAUCCUUCAGCUUGGCGGCCAUCUUUAUCUUCAUGCUCAUCCUGACAUCAUUUUCCGUAUGGUUGACGUUCUUUGGAUUAUGCAGUAUUCUCCUCUGUUUCCCGUUAGCCGUGUUUUUCUACCACACAGUGUUUAGCGUAGCUGCCUUUGGUAUACUUAAUGGAGUGGCUGCUUUUGUAAUUAUUGGCAUUGGUGUGGAUGAUGUGUUUGUAUUUAUCAACAUAUAUCGCCAGGCCACCAAUAUGAAGACACCUGAGGCCAGAAUCAAACAUACACUAGUAACUGCAGGGAAAGCUACCUUCUUUACGUCAUUUACAACAGCUGCUGCUUUUGCUGCAAACACUGCAUCUUCUAUUCCAGCAGUGCACCAGUUUGGAUUGUUUAUGUCCCUGAUUGUUUCCUGUUGUUGGGUAACAGUUCUGGUAGUUAUGCCUCCAGCAUUGUAUAUUUGGGGUGUUGGAAUACAAAGAUGGGAAGAACACAUUCUCUCAAAAAUUUGCACAAAAUGUAAGUUCAAAGUUCGAAGCUUGCCGAAUGACAUUGUGGACUUUGUUGGUGGUAAAUCAACUGGAGGGGAAUUACAAGUAGGUCGUAACCUCCCGACAGCAGACGACGAUGAAGAAGAUGAUGUACAGCUUCUUUCAUUAGAUGAUCCCAUGGAAUAUUAUAUUGAACGGUAUGGAGCAGAUGAGGAUGAUGAGGUCCUGUUGAUACCAGACAAUACUCCCAAUCAACUAGGAGCACCACCAAACAAUGCAAACCAGGUUAAAGAAUCUUCAUUGAUACAGUUACUACAGAUAGCUUUGUAUCAAUAUGUGGCACUGCCUGUGAUCAGGUUCAGACGAGUUUUCAUUGGAUUCUCUGUACUAAUCAUGAUUGCGUCCAUAGUUUUAAUCACACGACUUCACCCAUCGACUAAACCACCACAGAUAUUCCGUGAAGAUACGAACCUUCAAAUGUUAUUGGAUCUGAAAUCCAGUAUGGGUGUAAUUGACGAGAUUUCUUGCUCUCAGUGCUCCGCCAUCAAUGAUGUUCACAAGCACAAUACAUAUAAUCCAACCACUAACAAUGGACAUUUACCUAAUCCCAAAGAUGAUCAUCAACAUGUGGUGCCUACAACACUAAGACCAAACCAUGUAAAUCCUAUGGCUACAACACCCAGACCAAUGUCUUAUAAACCUCCAAAAUUUGACAUGAGACCAAGCAAUAAGUCAGUCUUAGCUGGUCGAAACAUGUACUUUUAUUGUUCUGUAAGAGGCUAUCCAGCCCCUUCUCUAAGCUGGGAAAAAGAUGGUCAAAGAAUAACGAGAGGAGAAGUGAAACAAAGGCAUGUAUUAUUGUACGAGGAAGGAAUAUUAAGGUUGGAUGGUGUACAAAAGACAGACCAGGGGAUAUACACAUGCAUAGCAUCUAACGAGAGAGGAGUAAUAAGGGCAUCAGCUAGUUUGACUGUUAAUGGUUCAUCAACACCAAUGAUAUUUCCAUCAACAAAACAGCCUAUACCUAUAGCUAAAACUUCAGUAGCUACGCCUAAGUCAGUACCAGAGAAUUUUGACAUGUGUAAGAAAGCUGAUUGUACCAAGACAAAAGACAGACCCAUGUUAGAGACUGGUGCUACAGUUUAUGUAGUGUUUGGUAUAUCUGGCUUAGAUCAAAGUGGUAUAGAACCUGGGCAUGUCAUGCAGAAAGAUAAGGGAAAGGUUAUAUUUGAUACGAAUUUUAAGAAGAAUUUCAACUUUUCAAGAAGUUACCAGAAAGGGAUCUCAACACUUUGUAAUAUUUGUAAACAAGUGUCAUCCAUGCCAAAUCUAGUGAGAAAUGGUAGUGCUCAGUGCUUCCCAGAUUAUAUUGCAAUGCAAUAUAUACUGAAUCGUAUCCCAGCAUGCCAUGAUUUACCCAAGCCUGUAACAGUGUAUGGUAGACAAGCACAAGCUCAUGUUGUGGGUGGAUUUCAGAACAAUUCUUUACAGUGGUGGGCAUUUGCAUUUGAAUCUACAACAUCAAAAGAUCAAUCUUACUUUGAAGCCUACAAGGAGUACUUGCAAUGGGAAGAACUGAUGAAGAAAAUCAAACAGGACUAUGAGAGUACUCCUUUUGUACAGAAUGUUUUCCAGACAUCACAAUUCUGGCCUCAGGUGAUGAUGGAAGUUGUAGCAGUUAACAGCGCCAUCUAUAGUUUGGUCUUCUCCAUGGUGAUAUGUUUAGUAGCAGUAGCCAUCUUUACAAGUCAUGUGACUUUAUUACUUAUUGUAUUCAUAACCAUAUUAGAAAUGAUUUGCCUGGUAGCUGGUAUAUUUUACUUAGCUGGUUGGGAGAUGGGCGGAGUAGAAGCUAUAUCCCUGUCUAUACUGGUAGGCUCGUCGGUAGACUAUUGUGUUCAUUUAGUGGAAGGUUUCCUGCUGGCUGGGAAAGCAAUUCCAGAAAAUUUGAAAAAUGAUCAUGCUGGUUCUAGACAGUGGAGAACAAAAGCUGCCAUCAGCCAUAUUGGAGUAUCCAUUUUCAGCAGUGCCAUGACAACCAUAAUUGCUGCAAUACCUUUAACCCAGACAACCAUAUUGCCGUUUUCCAAAUUUGGACAAAUUCUUGCCAUAAAUUCAUCUGUUUCCAUUGUUUACUGCCUGACUAUUUGUGCCGCAUUUUUAGCAUUUAUGGGACCGAGUAAAUUUGUAUGUAAAUGGAAAUCAACAUUGAAAAUGACAAUUGGUACUUGUGUAGUAAUAGGAUUAUCUGCCCUUGGAUUGUUUAUUAUCAGCAAAUGCGGUAUUUUUAUACCAGGACCAAAUGGUGGUGCUUUGUUUCCUGAAUAAUAUUUUACUAUGGAUAUGGCAUGCAUGUGAUAACUUU